GGUGAUAAUAUAUUAAUAUUGAUACUGUCGACACUCGAUAGAUACAUUACAUAUGUACACGAUCUAUUAAUAAUAUACCACCACGAUAGGAAAAGCCAAAUCAUGUCUAACAAACAUAUAAACACAAUACCAAAAGUAUAAUUAACUCCAUAUUAAAAACAUCUUUCUAUUCACUUAACACAUUUGGAUAUAUACCCUUCCAUCUUUAAACAUCUCUCAGGAUCCUAUCUUUAGGGUUUCAACAUUUUCUUCAGAAAUAUCUCUCGAAUAUAUAAGUAACAUAUACCAAGUAUGGAGUGUGAGAGAUCAUCGUCGCCCACUUCAUCAGAAACCGGAGCCGUUCUUCACCAUCGUUCUUCUUCGUCGGUCUCCACCGUGACGAGACGAAUGUAUGAGUGCACUUUCUGCAAAAGAGGUUUCACGAACGCACAAGCUUUAGGUGGUCACAUGAACAUCCAUCGACGUGACCGUCUCAACAAGGCGGCCAAGCUGCAAAACGACGAUGAUUCAGCACUCUCCGGUUCUCGAAGAUGUUUCCACGUGGCAUCUUCCGAUCGUGGAGGCUAUGAGCAAGUAGACUCCGUCGUCUUGAGGACGACCACAAACUUGAGCUUACGAGUUGGAUCGAUGGUUACAAGGAGAGAAAACGUCGUCGUUGAAGGAGAUGAAAUCGAUUUGGAGCUACGUCUUGGCUUAUGAGUUAUAUAUGAGAUCAUCAACCACUACAUCUAUAUUUGUAUAAUACGUUUUUUGGGUGUUUAUUGUAUGUUUCUUGAGGGUUGAUAUGUGUAUUGUAAUAUAGGGCCGCAUAUGAGGAGUUUAUUAUAUGUUAAUGUAAUGUAUGUUUAGGUGGA